UUUUACUUCGAAAAUGGCUAGUCAUAUCAUCAAUCCUCCCUAAUUCCCCCAAACUCCAUCUCCCGCCAAUUCCCUCAAAUCCCCAAUCCCCUCCUCUCCCCCCUCACCUUCCCUCCUCUCCGCCGGAAAAGUCAACUCCUCAACUUUCCGGCUACAACUCCCGUCUUCCGCAUCUCUUCCCUCCACUCCUAUCUCCCGCGCUCCGCCACUCCCCCCAACCCUAAAUUCCACCCCUCCCCAAACCCUAGCUUCAAAUUGUCGAAUUAAACCCUAGCCAUGCCGUCCCUGAUCUCCCAGGGCAAAAUCCACCGCCUGGAGCUCGAGAAUUUCAAGUCCUACCGGGGCCACCAGGUCAUCGGCCCCUUCUCCGACUUCACGGCGAUUAUCGGCCCCAAUGGCUCCGGCAAGUCCAACCUCAUGGACGCCAUAAGCUUCGUCCUUGGGGUCAAGACCGGCCAGCUCCGUGGGUCCCAGUUGAAGGACCUGAUCUACGCCAUGGACGACAGUGAGAAGAGCGAGAAAGGCCGCAGGGCGUUUGUGAGCUUGGUUUACCAGCUUGCGAAUGAGUCUGAGAUCCAGUUCACAAGGGCCAUCACUAGCUCCGGCGGCAGUGAGUACCGCAUAGACGGCAAGUCAGUAUCGUGGGAAGCUUAUAAUGAGAAGCUUAAGUCCCUUGGAAUUCUAGUCAAGGCUCGCAAUUUUCUUGUCUUUCAGGGUGAUGUCGAGUCCAUUGCCUCUAAAAAUCCUAAGGAACUCACUGGACUGCUUGAGCAGAUCUCGGGGUCUGAUGAGCUCAAGAGAGACUAUGAAAAGUAUGAAGAAGAGAAAGGCAUAGCUGAAGAAAAAGCAGCCCUUGUUUAUCAGAAAAAAAGAACCAUAGUAGCGGAGAGGAAGCAAAAGAAAGAGCAAAAGGAAGAAGCUGAGAAGCACAUUCGCCUGCAAAAUGAACUGAAAUCUUUGAAGAGAGAACACUUUUUGUGGCAGUUGCUUAACAUAGAAAAAGAUAUAACGAAAACAACUGAUGAGCUUGAAGCUGAAAAGAGAAGCCGCGAACAGGUUAUGCAAGAACUAGAUGAUUUUCAGCAAGAAGCAAACAAAAAGAAGAAAGAACUUGCCAAAUACUUAAAAGAGAUUGCUCAAUGUGAAAAGAAGAUUGCUGAGAGAAGUAGUAGACUUGACAGAAGUAAACCAGAGCUGCUGAAACUGAAAGAGGAAAUGUCUCGAAUAAAUUCAAAAAUCAAGAAAAGUAAGACGGAGCUUGGUAGAAAAGAACAAGAACGGGGGAGACAUAAGGAGGAAAUUAAAAAGCUGCAGAAGGGCAUCCAGGAUUUGACCACACAACUAGAGGAUUUACAGGAAAAAGGUCGAGACAGUGGUGAAAAAUUACAUUUAGACGAUACUAAAUUAAGGGAAUAUUUUAAAGUGAAGGAGGAUGCUGGGAUGAAAACUGCAAAGCUAAAAGAUGAGAAAGAGGUUCUGGAUCGGCAACAGCAUGCUGAUCUUGAAGCUCAAAAGAAUUUGGAAGAAAAUCUUCAACAGUUGAGAAGUAGGGAGCGUGAACUGGAUUCACAGAAUGAGCAAAUGCUGACAAGGCAGAGAAAAAUUAAAGAAAACUCUGCAAAACACAAGCAGGAAUCAAAAAAUCUGAAUAAUGAAUUGCAUGUGAUGCAGGAGAAACAUCAGAAUGCCAGACAAAAGUAUGAAAAUCUGAAGUCAAAAAUUGAUGAAUUAGAAAAGCAAUUACGUGAACUGAAGGCCGACAGAUAUGAAAAUGAGAGAGAUUCCAGGUUGUCUCAGGCAGUGGAGACUCUCAAGCGCUUGUUUCAGGGUGUCCAUGGUCGCAUGACUGAACUCUGUAGGCCAACACAAAAGAAGUAUAAUCUUGCUGUCACUGUUGCCAUGGGAAAAUUUAUGGAUGCAGUCGUAGUUGAAGAUGAACAAACAGGAAAGGAGUGUAUCAAGUAUUUGAAAGAACAAAGGCUUCCUCCUCAGACAUUCAUACCUCUCCAAUCUGUUCGUGUAAAGCAAGUAAUGGAGAGAUUGCGUAACUUGGGUGGUACUGCAAAGCUGGUUUUUGAUGUUGUCCAAUUUGAUCAUGCCUUGGAGAAGGCUAUUCUUUUUGCGGUUGGCAAUACACUUGUUUGUGACGAACUUGAUGAGGCUAAGCGCCUAAGCUGGAGUGGUGAGAGGUUCAAAGUUGUAACUGUUGAUGGAAUUAUGCUGUCAAAAUCUGGCACAAUGACUGGGGGUACCAGUGGAGGAAUGGAAGCUAGAUCAAAGCAAUGGGAUGAUAAAAAAGUUGAAGGACUGAAGAAGAAGAAAGAACAAUUUGAGUUGGAGCUAGAAGAGCUUGGGUCAAUUAGAGAGAUGCAGCUAAAAGAGUCUGAAACAGCUGGCAGAAUUAGUGGGCUUGACAAGAAAAUCCAAUAUGCAGAUAUCGAGCAGGAAAGCAUUAAGGACAAACUUGCAAAUUUGGUCCGCGAGAGGCAGAAUAUAAAAGAAGAGAUUGAUCGUAUCAGUCCUGAUCUUCUGAAGCUAAAACAAGCUGUAGAUAAGCGGAGCACAGAAAUCAAUAAGCUUGAGAAGAGGAUAAAUGAUAUUGUUGACAGACUCUACAAAGGCUUUAGUAAAUCUGUUGGGGUAGAUAACAUUCGCGAGUAUGAAGAAAAACAACUCAAGGCUACCCAAUCUAUGGCUGAAGAGAGGCUUAGUUUGAGUAGCCAGCUAUCAAAACUGAAAUACCAGCUAGAGUAUGAGCAAAAUCGGGACAUGGAUACACGAAUUGAAGAACUCCAAUCAUCUAUUAGUAACCUACUAAAAGAUUUAGAACGGGUUCAAAAGAAAGAGGCCGAGGCCAACUCUGCAGCAGAAAAAGCCUCUGAUGAGAUUCUUCGGUUGAAGGAAGAAGCACAAGAAUGGAAGUCCAAGUCGGAAGGGUGUGAAAAGGAAAUUCAAGAAUGGAACAAGCGGGGUUCUACUGCAACAUCAAAUGUAUCCAAACUUAAUCGACAGAUAAAUUCUAAGGAAUCGCAGAUUGAGCAGCUAACAUCUCGAAAGCAGGAGAUAAUAGAAAAUUGUGAACUACAGCAAAUAAGCCUUCCAAUCAUUUCAGAUCCAAUGGAGACUGAAUCCUCCAUGACAGGCCCAGUAUUUGAUUUUGAUGAGUUAGAUGAGUCUCUAUUGAGGAAUAGGAGGCCUUCUGAGCGGGAGAAAGUUGAGUUAGAUUUUAAGAAACAAAUGGAUGCCAAGUUAUCAGAAAUUGAAAGAACGGCUCCCAAUUUGAAGGCCAUGGACCAAUAUGAGGCUCUACAAGAAAAGGAAAGAGAUGUAACUGGAGAGUUUGAAGUGGCCAGAAAAGAACAGAAACAAAAGGCUGAUCUGUUUAACUCGGUUAAGCAAAGGAGGUAUGAGUUGUUUAUGGAUGCCUUCAACCAUAUUUCCAGUAAUAUUGAUAAGAUAUACAAGCAACUGACGAAGAGCAAUACACAUCCCCUGGGUGGGACGGCAUAUUUGAAUUUAGAAAAUGAAGAUGAUCCGUUUUUACAUGGUGUCAAGUACACUACUAUGCCCCCAACAAAGCGCUUUCGAGAUAUGGAACAAUUAUCUGGCGGAGAGAAAACUGUUGCAGCGUUAGCAUUACUGUUUUCCAUACACAGCUAUAGGCCUUCGCCUUUUUUCAUACUGGAUGAAGUUGAUGCUGCACUGGAUAACUUAAAUGUAGCAAAGGUUGCUCGAUUCAUCCGUUCAAAGUCAUGCCAAGGAGCCAGGGUUAAUCAGGAUACUGAAGGAGGCAAUGGUUUUCAAAGUAUUGUAAUAUCUCUAAAAGAUAGCUUCUACGACAAGGCUGAAGCUCUGGUUGGGGUUUUCAGGGAUGCUGAAAUGAGUUGUUCCAAAACACUGUCAUUUGACUUGACUAAAUUUCGGGAGGAGUAAUGCAGUUGGAUAACGACUUGUAAUAUAGAUACAGAUCAAUCAGCUAGCAUCCCAUUUCACUGUAAAUAUGAUUACAAGAUUUGGAAGGCCGUUUGGGGUACAUUCUUUUAGUAGGCAUGGAAAUCAGCAGUUAGGUUUCUCCGUAUUAGGAUGUAAAAAUCAAUGCUACAGGUUAUGAAUUAGUCAGAGGAGAAGAAGAUAGUAUCAGUCAUAAAGUGACGACCUUCCAGAAUGUAGAGGAUAAAUCUCAGUCAUUGUUCCUUUUCUAUUUCCAGCAUUCAACUGUUACUAUAAGACUAUAAGUUGUUCCCUCA